AGAGCUUUUUGCUUCUCUCCAGUGCCGUCCCAGCCGAAAAGCCGCCGCUGUGGUCGCCAGUCGCUGCAAGCAGCCUCGUGCGCUCCCCCUCGUGCCCCGGGAUCGAUCGCCAGCUGCCCGGGCUAGAGCAGCCGCGAUGAGUGGAGGGGCGGGCUGCGGGGGCCGCACGUGCCUGCUCCGCGCAGCCGGACCCCACCCUUGACUCCCCCGGCUUCCCCCGGAGAAAGGUUGCUUUGCCCAGAUAGAGCCGCUGCAACCCUGCUAUAACUUCAGCAAGCCCAGUGAGGUGGGGGUUCAAAAGUUGCAAAGGGAAAAGGGUGUGUACAUAGACAGAGGGGGGAGAGACAUCGUUGCCAGCCUCUUUCCUUUUCUACCCUCCGCGCCCGGCGCUCUCGGAUGGGGGGGCGGUGGUGGUGGAGGAGGAGAAAAAGGACCUGUCCGCGUGGAGAGCCGUGGAGCCCCUUGUUGCCUUCACCGACAACUAACCCACAACGCCUCUUCGAAAACCAGCUGCCCUGGUGAAGGAGGGAGAAGGGUGGGGAGGAGAGAGAGGGCAGGCCCGAGGUGCUCGCUGUAGUUUGGGCUUGCAAAUCUUUGCCAAGAGCUGUCAAAAAACAAAAACGCCUCCCGCUCCAAUCCAAGGCGAUCAAUGAGGUCCUAAAAGAGCAAAGGAAAGUGACAGGAGCAGAGGGAGCAAAGCCGACGGCGACGGCGGCAGCAGCGGCAGCGGCAGCGAAGAGACGACCUACCCCAUCCCCAUCCAACCAGCCCUUAAACGAGAAGAACCAGCCGGUAGAGACUAAACUUCCAGCAGCCAGGAUGGGGCAAACCCUGCUUCUCUGGCUCUGCCCCCUGCUGCUCCUCAGUCUCUGGGGCCAAAGCACCUUAUCUAAUGAGAUCCUGGGCCUGAAGUUGCCAUUGGAGCCUGUACUUAAUGCCAACACAGUGUGCCUAACCUUGCCUGGUCUGACGCGGCGACAACUGGAGGUGUGUGUGCGGAAUCCUGAUGUGACGGCUUCUGCCAUUCAAGGCAUCCAGAUUGCCAUCCAUGAGUGCCAGCAUCAAUUCCGUGAUCAGCGCUGGAAUUGCUCUAGCCUGGAGACGAAAAACAAGAUCCCUUAUGAGAGUAUCAUCUUCAGCAGAGGUUUCCGGGAAAGUGCUUUUGCCUAUGCCAUUGCAGCUGCAGGGGUGGUGCAUGCUGUCUCCAAUGCAUGCUCUUUGGGCAAGCUGCAGUCAUGUGGCUGUGACCAGAAACGCCGUGGGGAUGAGGAGGCUUUCCGCCUCAAGCUGCACCGUCUCCAGCUGGAGGCCAUGAACCGAGGCAAAGGAAUGAUGCAUGGAGUGCAUUUGGAACACAUGCCAGCUGAGGCCCCCGGCCUACAAGACUCCUGGGAAUGGGGAGGCUGUAGCCCCGAUGUGGACUAUGGGGAGAAAUUUUCCAAAGAUUUCCUAGAUUCCCGGGAGACCUACCGAGACAUCCACUCCCGCAUGAGGCUGCACAACAACCGAGUUGGCCGGCAGGUGGUGAUGGACAACAUGCGGAGGAAAUGCAAGUGCCAUGGCACCUCAGGGAGUUGCCAGCUGAAGACAUGCUGGCAAGUGACACCCGAGUUCCGGCUGGUUGGCUCACUGCUGAAAGAGCGCUUCUAUGGGGCCAUGCUGAUCCGGCCCCACAACAGGAACACGGGGCAAAUGGAACUGGGUCAUGCCCACCAGAGGCGCCGGGCUGGCAUUGGUGACCUCAUCUACUUUGAGAAAUCACCAGACUUCUGUGAGAAGGAACCUGCCCUGGACUCUAUGGGUACACAAGGGCGCUUAUGCAACAAGACCAGCCCAGGCAUGGACAACUGUGAGAGCCUGUGCUGUGGACGGGGACACAACAUCCUGCGGCAGACACGCAGUGAACGCUGCAACUGCAAGUUCCACUGGUGCUGUUUUGUGGCUUGUGAGGAAUGCCGGCUCACAGAGUGGGUCAGUGUCUGCAAAUGAUAGCUGUCACCCCACCAGACACUUCAGAAACUCCACAGUUUUGGCUUUGCAGGAUGGAGCCCUGCAAAAGCAGGAGGCAUUGUUUGGGCGGCAUAGCACAUUGGUGUUUCACAUCUCCUUGGCACUUCCACUCCUCCUGUCUGACUUGUGCAUGAGCAAUCAGUUCCAAGGGGUACAAUCGUACAGACAUGAUAUGUGGGCCUUGCACCUCUGAAGCACAAAGAGUUGCACACCGGUGGGCUGGCUGGAAUUUCUGACAUUAACUCCAGUUGCUUCCAACCAUUAGCAUCUUCAGCUGUGGUUCUAAGGUCCAUGAGCCACCUGUGCAGGUUCCUCACGCAGAAGCUCACUCAGCUUCCACAUGCCCCCUCCCGCACCACCACCACAAUGAUGUUUCUUUCAGAUCCCACCUGGCGGCAGAAAACCCUGCAAAACAAAAUACCUGCUUUUUUAAAAAAAACCCUGGGUUGAAACUGCUGCAUUGCACGUUGUGACAAAUUCAAGACCUUUUUUGGUUGCCAUUAGUACAUUUGUUUUUCAGGGGAGAAAAAAGUAAAAUGCAGAGUUUGUUUCAAAGAAAUGUUUCUAACAAGAGACUGAAGGGUGGGGGCACAGAGGUCUCUGUCUCUAGUGUCCCAUACAGGCACCAUAGGCAUUUAGUAGGGCAGUUACUGUGGCUGGUAAGUUAUUUUAUUAUUGUGAGAAUAAAAGUGAAU